ACGGUGCCAUUUUCUUCAAGUUACGUGCUAUGUUUAUUACACAAAGGCUUUGUUUGUGAUAUGCAAAAGAUUACAUAGGAGAUCCUGGACUUAUUUAGUUCACUUAACGGGACAGGUACAAAUCUAAAGCACCCGUUGCUUCGAUGGUAGCUAUAUCUGGUUCCGGUAAUUCAAAGUGAGGUCCAAUGUCUCUCCUUACUAAAGACCAGUAUAAAGAAAUUAAGGCGUCGUUUCGUGCCAUGGACGUGAAUGGAGAUGGGCGCCUGUCAAUCAAAGAGUUCAGGGACGCUGCCAAUAAGAUGGGUCAGAAUGUGACCACAGCCCAGGUGAAGGAGAUGUUCAAGCUAAUCGACGACGACGGUGACGAUUAUCUAAGCUAUAAGGAGUACGAGAAAAUGAUGGUGGAGCAACUGGAGGGCCAGAUUAUGGAGAUACAAUUUCUAGAGAAAUGCUUUGCAAAGAUGGACGUUAACGGCGACGGAACAAUCACAGCCAGAGAAAUUGCCAAGACAAUGGGAAUCUCGAGGUCAGACGCUGACGAACUGGUGAAGGAGGGGGACACAGACGGCGACGGGGAACUCACGUUUGACGAGUUUGUUGCUGUCUAUAGAAAGAAGGAAAAUUGAGAAGAAUUCAAAAAGACAUCAUAUCGGUGAAUUCCAAUGUACAUUUCCAAUCAUUAUACCUAUCAGAUUAUUAUCUUGAUUUCGGGGCCAUCAAAAUUUUCACAAUGGUACAUAGCAAAGCUGUUCUAUGAUGUAUAUACCAGUUUUCUACAUGUACAUGUUUCUGAGAGGUUCUGGAUGCAUAUUUCACUAUACAAUAAAUGAAUUUG